AUGUCCACCUUCGCUUCGAGAUCAGCAGCGCCGGGACCAUCCGUCGACCCAAAACUUCAACCAUGGGUGGAGAAGUAUCGACCAAAGACCAUCGAUGAUGUCUCAUCGCAGGAGAAUACGGUCGCUGUGCUGCAAAAAGCACUAGCUUCGACGAAUCUGCCUCACAUGCUCUUCUACGGUCCGCCAGGAACGGGCAAGACAAGCACAAUCCUUGCUCUUGCUCGUCAACUCUUCGGACCAGACCUCUUUCGGUCCCGCGUACUGGAGCUCAACGCCUCAGACGAAAGAGGUAUCUCCGUAGUCCGGGAGAAGAUCAAGACGUUCGCUCGGGAAACGCCUCGGAACGUCAAGCUGUCAUCUGACGGCAAGACAUAUCCCUGCCCCCCAUUCAAGCUCAUUAUCUUGGAUGAAGCCGACUCGAUGACGCAGGAUGCGCAGUCGGCGCUGAGGCGGAUCAUGGAGACGUACUCGAGAAUCACUCGAUUCUGCCUGGUCUGCAAUUAUGUCACCAGAAUCAUCGAUCCCGUCGCUUCUCGGUGUAGCAAGUUCCGGUUCCGACCGCUCGCUCAGAGCAGCUCGCAAGCGCGGAUAGAAAUGAUUGCUCAGGCUGAGGGCGUCAAGACGGAUGAUGGGGUACUGGAACUUAUCCUCAACCUCGCCGGCGGAGACCUGAGGAAAGCGAUUACAUAUCUUCAGACCGCUCAACGUCUGCACGCGGCCGCUGUACCACCAGAACCAAUAUCUGCCAUCUCCAUACAUGAAAUAUCAGGCGUCGUACCUGACGAAGUGAUUGACUCGCUCCUCAACGCCGUAGGAGUUACGCGAGAAGAUGGCAUCUCGCCUGCUUUGAUCAGAGGCGGGUUCGAGACAGUCAGGAAGGCGGUCAAGAAGAUUGGGAGGGAGGGUUGGAGUGCGGGACAGGUCUUGGAACAGUUUCAUGAUGCGCUCAUCCCGCUCGCUACUAUCCCGGCUAUACCGAAGAGUCUUGCGGCGAUCGCAGUCGCAGAGUGCGACAAGGCGCUCUGUGAGGGCGGGGACGAGGAGCUGCAGUUAUUGGAAUGUUGCCUGCAGGUGAGGCACGCUAUGGCGAGGGGAUAG